AUGGAGAGCAAAGCACUGUUCCUGGUGGCCCUUGGCAUGUGGCUCCAGAGUCUGACCGCCACCCGCGGAGGGGUGGCCGCCGCCGAUAGAAGAGAUUAUAUAGAUAUUGAAAGUAAAUUUGCCCUAAGGACCCCUGAAGACACAGCUGAGGAUACUUGCCACCUCAUUCCUGGAGUGACAGAAUCUGUGGCUAACUGCCACUUCAACCACAGCAGCAAAACCUUUGUGGUGAUCCAUGGCUGGACGGUGACAGGAAUGUAUGAGAGUUGGGUGCCAAAACUUGUGGCUGCCCUGUACAAGAGGGAACCUGACUCCAAUGUCAUUGUGGUGGACUGGCUGUCACGGGCCCAGCAGCAUUAUCCAGUGUCUGCCGGGUACACCAAGCUGGUGGGAAAAGAUGUGGCCGAGUUCAUCAACUGGAUGGCGGAGGAAUUUCACUAUCCUCUGGACAAUGUCCAUCUCUUGGGAUACAGUCUUGGAGCCCAUGCUGCUGGCAUUGCAGGAAGUCUGACCAAUAAGAAGGUCAAUAGAAUUACUGGCCUAGAUCCAGCUGGACCUAACUUUGAAUAUGCAGAAGCUCCAAGUCGCCUUUCUCCUGAUGAUGCAGAUUUUGUAGACGUCUUACACACAUUCACCAGAGGGUCGCCUGGCCGAAGUAUUGGAAUCCAGAAACCAGUAGGACAUGUUGACAUUUAUCCUAAUGGAGGCACUUUUCAACCAGGAUGUAACAUUGGGGAAGCUAUCCGUGUGAUUGCAGAGAGAGGCCUUGGAGAUGUGGACCAGCUAGUAAAGUGUUCCCAUGAGCGUUCCAUUCAUCUCUUUAUUGACUCUCUGCUGAAUGAAGAAAAUCCAAGUAAGGCCUACCGGUGCAACUCAAAGGAAGCCUUUGAAAAAGGGCUCUGCCUGAGUUGCAGAAAGAACCGUUGCAACAACUUGGGCUAUGAGAUCAAUAAGGUCAGAGCCAAAAGAAGCAGCAAAAUGUACCUGAAGACGCGCUCUCAGAUGCCAUACAAAGUCUUCCAUUACCAAGUAAAGAUACAUUUUUCUGGGACUGAGAGUGAUACACAGACCAACCAGGCUUUUGAGAUCUCUCUGUAUGGCACUGUGGCCGAGAGUGAGAACAUCCCUUUUACCCUGCCUGAAGUUUCUGCAAAUAAAACCUACUCCUUUCUAAUUUACACGGAGGUGGAUAUUGGGGAACUGCUAAUGUUGAAACUCAAAUGGAAGAGUGAUUCAUACUUCAGCUGGUCAGACUGGUGGAGCAGCCCUGGCUUUGCUAUUGAGAAGAUCAGAGUAAAAGCAGGAGAGACCCAAAAAAAGGUAAUCUUCUGUUCCAGGGAGAAAGUGUCUCAUCUGCAGAAAGGAAAGGCAUCUGUGGUAUUUGUGAAAUGCCAUGACAAGUCUCUGAAUAAAAAGUCUGGCUGAACCUGGGCAAAUCUACAGAAGGAAGAACAGCACAUGAAUUUUAUGAAGAAUGAAAUAACUUUUACAAAAGAUGCCCAGUGCUUGGGUGUUUCAAAGAGAAUUUUCCUGAGUAUUAAUCCCUAAUUAAUAAUUAAUUAGUUAUUUUAGGAUACAGUCUUAAAUACCCAAAAAAGUGGCUAAUUCAAUUUGAGGAAUAUAGUGGCCAAAUAGCACAUCAUUAAAGGAGUGCAGAUUUGAAAAUCACUGUUUUGUCCUUUGAGAAAGAAAUAAGAACCAUUUUGGCUCAUGGUAACAUAAUACACCUUCUUUAUCUAGUGAGUUUAACCAUAGCCUAAAAUUAAGUAGAAUCUCAUUUUUUGAUCAGAAGCCUGCAUUUUCUGGACUGAUACCUGCUCAAUGUUUUCUCCAAGUCUGA